AGCAGCGCAGAAAUAUUGAGAGCUUUCCCUUGUGUUGCCCAGUGUUGACCUGAACAGCGAGUUGUGAGGUCAGAUUAGGAACAAUGCCUUGGAAUCCUGCCCCCACUGCACCACGGUGUCCAGCAUGUAACACAUCAGUUUUUCCUGCUGAAGCAGUCAUGGCUGCUGAUCGUAAACCAUUUCACAAGCAGUGUGUUAAAUGUGUCAAAUGUAAGAAAUCUCUAAAUCCGUCAACAAUCAACGAACACAAGAACCAACUAUUCUGCAAGAACUGUUAUGAUGAGAUAUAUAUGCCCCAGGAGUACUGCUCUGGUACCUACGGAGGUAUUAUUACUCCGGAGGAUAUUAAGAGAAGAGAGGAGGAGGAGAGGAAAAGGUUGGAGAGAGCGGAGAGAGCUAAACGAGAAAGAAGAUGUCCAACCUGUGACAUGAAGGCUUAUCCUGAAGAUUCUGUCCAGGUUUCAGAACUUUUCUUCCAUAAAAUCUGUCUCAAGUGCUCCGAAUGUGGUAGGUCUCCGGAUGAGAAUACUCCAAUGAUGAUGGGACCUAAGGAUCAGGAUAAUGUAUUCGGAGAAGAGGAUCUACAACCUUACUGUAAAUUCUGCUUCGCCAAGAAGUUCAAGGUUUCAGCGAUUAAUAUUGCAGAGACUGUCACAAUAUCUCCAGAAACCUCAGCAAUAUCUCUUUAAACAAUAUCUCCUAAAAUAAUAAAUAAUAAAUAAUAUAAGUAUCUCCAGAAACGCUAGAUAUAUCUCCUUUAUAUCCAUAUAUAUCCCUCCGGACAAUACAUUGAAGGAUGUAUCACUGAACCUUAUUUUUAUAUUUAAGCAUUAUCUCCAGCAAUCUCAGAAAUAUCUCUAGAAUGAUAUCUUUUGAACCCUAUCAUAACAUCUGAGCAAUAUCUCCUGAAAACUCAGAACAAUAUCUCUUGAACUACAUUAAACUAAAGUAAACUGAACGUGAGAUUAAUCUUAUACGUUUGUAGUAGAGAUAUUGAGAAGAAUAAAAUGUUUUCAAUUUAUAUAUGUGAAGCCAAAUAAAUUUUCUUUUCUCAUA